CGAGGCGGGCGCAGGCGCGGAGGUGGCGCAGGCGCGGCGGCCGGUGCCGCCGGUGCGGGAGUCGGGGGGCGGCCCCGCAGGAUGCGAGCGCUGAGGCGGCUGCACGAAGCGGCCGUGGGGCUGCUGCUGUGGCGGGGGGCAGCGGCAGCGCCUCGUCCCGCCGCCUCGGAGGUGCUGAGCCAGCACCUGCGGCAGCGCGGCCUCCCCCACUGGACCUCAUACUGUGUCAAGUACAGCGCCGUCCGCAACGACCAGUUCGGCCUCUCCCACUUCAACUGGCGGGUGAACGGCGCCAACUACCACAUCCUGCGCACCGGCUGCUUCCCCUUCAUCAAGUACCACUGCUCCCGCGCCGCCCCGCAGGACCUGGAGUUGCAGAACGUCGCCUUCACCGCCCUCAAGGUCCUCAAUGCCGGCAUCCCGACUUUACUAUAUGGAAUUGGCUCCUGGUUCUUUGUCAGUGUCACAGAGACUGUUCAUACAAGUCAUGGCCCAGUUACUAUUUAUUUUCUAAAUAAAGAAGAUGAAGGCGCAAUGUACUGAAAUAAUGCCCUCGAGUACCUGUCAUUUGGUGGGUUUCUGUGUUACAGCUGCUACAAAUAUCUGCUCCCUUUGACUAAAAAGAACCAAAGGCGACUGUUUGGGUUGUUUGGUUUUGUUCUUUAUGGUGCAUUCUUUUACCUAACGUGCUGUCUUCAGGAAGCUUCAUGGACUUUUUGGUCAUAAGAGAUUUACUUUUGCAGAGGUCAGUAAAGUUGAAAAAGUAGAAGCCUUGGGAGAAGAAUUAAUAUUUCUAAGGGUUGUGACUAGUACUGCUGAACAAACUUGUGAUAAUUUAGAGAUCUCAUCUACCAGCUUAGAGAACUGAAUUGUAACAUGCGGGCAAGGAAACUGUGAAUACCUUAGGUGUUUUCAGAACAUCUCUGAAAACAUUGAGCUGCUUAUGUUUAGACUCUGACUAGAUAUUUCAUAUUGCAUUAACUGUCAUAAUUGCAAGAAUGUUUGAUUAACUCUAUGGCACUGACUAUUCAUAAUUGCCCGGGAGACUCUUUGGAAAAAUACCACCUCAAGAAGUUAAAAAUGGCUGUAUCCCAUUUCUUCAAAUGAUAUUUAAAUAAACUAUCUAAAAUAUG